UUGUCUUCAUCUAUGUGUCAAACCACGUUAAAUGGGCUCGGUGUUAUGGUGUUUGUGCUUUUUGUGUGUAGUGUUUGUUCGUGUUAAAUUAGUUAUUGCAUCUGUUUGCAUCAAAUUAAAGAUACCUUAACAAUGAUGGAUUGAACAUUGCUAGUAACGAGUGUAAUAACAUUGAGACUGGGAAUUCGCCCUGAACCUUAUCGAUUUCAGUGUUCGUAUUCAGUGCGCAACGCAUCAGCCAUACUUGACAAUCAAUGUGUUAUUUUUAGGCGUUCCUGAAACAGUUUUGUGCUGUUUAAUAGGGAUUUUCGCCUCAUUUAAUACAGUCCCUCAAUCUGUCUAAUUUGUGACGUCACCACUUAUGGAGCUUAUAGUCCGAUCGUAGGUGAUUCAGGAAUGAAACAAAAUGCAAUAGAUUUAGUUAAGAAAUGAACCAGGAAAUCGACUGGUUUCAUCGUUCUCGACAAUGGACAAUUAGCCAGAACAGGGUAGCUAUGGGGCCAUUUACCAAUGACUAUAGAAGGGGAUUUAGAGGCCGAGAUGACUGUAACACCUACGGCGGCAAAGGAAACAAUCAGUUCAAUCAGGGUCAUAGAAACAAUAACCGGCAUUCACAACAGCAGACAGCAAACAGUUACAGCUCAGGACCAUAUCCAGAUCUUACGAGUUACGGUUCAGUUAGGCCCAUAUCCGGAUUUUCGGGUUCAGCGAAGCCAACAGGAGCACAGGGAUAUAUUGCAAAUAACUUCAGUCGGGAGCCAUCUGCUUCAUCUACGCCUAUUCUUCCGGCAGCUUCUGCUUUUGCAUCAGUCGGCCACGGUCCUGCACCUCUACCUCCAAUUGCCAAUCUAGACAUUCACACUUCGCAUCAGCUUUCACGCGGAUUUCCAUUAGAUGCACGGGUUCCGCCUCCACCUAUUGGUCAAUUGGAUCUAGCCAGACCGCCACCAGCUGUCUCUGGAUGGUACCAAAAUGGAAUUGAGUAUCCAGGAGCGCCCUUUUUGCCUCCUCAGCCUGCAUUGAGUUCGCGUGGUGCAUCACUAUCCAGACCAACAGAUUCGCAACAAAUACUCAAUGAACGAAGUCAUCGUUGGCCAAACAAUAAGCACAUCUCUCCGGCUCUGGACGUUAAAAGUACUGUGUCGGACCGAUCGGUAGCGUCCAGAUCGGAAUCGAUUCCUGCAUCAAUUAGCAGUGUGAAGGAGGAGGUCGACGACGAUGACGACGUCAUCUGCGUUACGGAUUUGAAUGCAAAGUCCAAGUCACCACCACUGGAUACAUUUAUUCGGUUUUUGGACGCAAACUACAGUGGUCUAUUCCAAAUCAUAAAUCGAGUGUCUGGAAACGACUGGUUGCCGACUAUGGAAACAUUUCUUCAGAAUUUGGAGGAUGAGCUUUUUCAAAUCGAUGACAAAAUUAGACUAUGGAUGCACUUGAAUAUGGUAAUGAUAUCAGCCACACAGGGGAUCAGCUUUGUGAAUAUAGAACUAGACAACUAUCUGGAUUUGAUGGAGCGGUUUUUUGAAAUUUACUUCAAUUUGAUGAAGCAAAUAUUCCAGCAGGCAUGGAAGUUGCGACAGGUGCCUGAUUGCAAAGACAUUGCCGUCAACUGCAUUUUGGUAUUAAGUCGCUGUUUUUGCAACCGUUACGAUCGCAUUUUAAAUUGCUUUUUGGAACGUCAAAUUCCAAUGGACGUUAAAGGACUACCCCAAGUUUGGUUCCAGGUUUUAUCAUACUUACUCACAGUUCCAGUACAUAAUUUCCUAGAAGAAGAUGGAUAUCGGAUCUACUUAAUUUGGCAGAAGUUUCGUGCGCUUUGCGAAACUACCCGAUUGGUGCAAAAAAUGGACAAGGUUGUAAAUAGGCGACUAAGCGAGACGAGAUCAAUUAAAGGCAACUUCUAUAUCCAAGAUAUAUUGAAGAAACAAGACGCAGACAAAGCUUAUAAUUGGUGGGACAUGAUACAGGACUAUUUUAAAUAUAUGGAAGGAAAGAAACGAACGGCUCUGGAGUCGUACAAUUACAGCUACAUGUACCCUGGCAAUCCUGACUCUCCGAGCACUAGUUAUAUCGCCCCUGCAAGAAUUUCGCACAACUUUAAACCUUUUUAUGAAUCCCUUUUUGCAUGGUCACGCGACGAUGAAAUGGCUCGUUUAUUCGAUAGAGUGGAGACGGACUUUAACAUUGCCGAGCGAGAAAUGAAGAACGGAUACAAGUUUCCGGAAAUUGACCUGACAGUGCGUCCAGACUAUGUGGAUCCGAAUUUUGUGCCUCCAAAACCAAAACCUACUAAUCAUCGAGCUAGGCGAGCCUUGACUCAAAGACAAGUCACGUCAAACAAGAUCAAGAUGCUGCGAAGUUUGAGUACGAUAGUGAUUUCUGAUUCAGAUUCUGAAGAUGACGAUAAUUUGCCGGCCUCUCAUUCUAGCCGCUGUAAUACAUUGAACGGCGUAGUGCCACCCGUCGUCUUAGAGAAAAAUGAUCCAAAAGAAAAGUCCUCUGGAUUAGCGGAUGAACACAAUUUAGAAAAAAAUAAGUCCUAUGAACAACCAACUCUUUUAAAUAACAGUUCUACCCAGGAAACCUGUAACAUAUCAGAUGAAAGUAGUCCUGGCUUUUUGGAAGAGCAGUCUGGUGCAUUAAUUGGCAGCCCCGUUGAAAUUGAUAAACAAGAUGUAACUGCUCCUGGAAAUAGCGCCGUGAAUGAUGGUAUUUCCCACAAACCAAAUGGGAACGUUUGCAAUGAGCCGGACACUUGUGUGCACGAGGAAACAUUAUUAAAUAGUACUUCAGAUUUACCAAAACCCAGUUCAGUGGAAGUUAAUAGUUUGGAGGAUCACUUAUCAACUAAGCAAGACACUUCUGACCAGAAGAUCAAUUCAAAUGAGAUUAAAUCCAGCCAGUCAGRUGUAAACAUUCUCUGUGUUUCGGAAGUGCAGAUGGAGACUUCAAUGGACUGUAAUGUAAACGAAUCGAACGAUAAMGUUGCAAUUAGGAGUGAUUCCUGUGAUWUGGAAACAAGYAGCAAGAACGCUCUGGAUACAGUCGCAACCAAUGAUCCARGUGAGUGUCGUAGUCAAUUUUUCGUUUUUGAAAAUUUUGAGGCAGUAUUAGAGGGAAAUCAUUGCMUUGGGGAACUGUUCUGUCUUGUGUAAAAUCGGAUGGCAUUC